CCCCCUGGGCGGCAGGUCCGGCACCGGCUCUUCCUGUUCUCAGCUUCCUCGCCGUGGCUUCUUGCAGCACCCCCACCUGCCCGAGCUGAGCCUCCCAGGCCCUCCCCAGCCUCUAGCAGGCCCUCAAGCCCUCCGCCUGCAGAAGUCUCUUCACCCCCCGAUGAGCGGAGCUGCGGAUCUGGGUCUCCGGAGAACCCAGGGUGGAGGGCAUUGAGCCAGCGCGUAGACCUGUCACCUCUGCCCCUGAAGCCCCUCCUCCCCUCCAUGCAGAGCCAGGAUGGGGAACAGAGCCGAGGAAGAUUAUAACUUUGUCUUCAAGGUGGUGCUGAUCGGCGAGUCGGGCGUGGGGAAGACCAACCUGCUGUCCCGGUUCACACGGAACGAGUUCAAGCAGGACAGCCGCACCACCAUCGGGGUCGAGUUCUCCACCCGCACGGUCACGCUGGGCACGGCCGCCAUCAAGGCGCAGAUCUGGGACACGGCUGGCCUGGAGCGGUACCGAGCCAUCACCUCCGCGUACUAUCGUGGUGCGGUGGGGGCCCUGCUGGUGUUUGACCUCACUAAGCACCAGACCUACGCUGUGGCAGAGCGCUGGCUGAAGGAGCUCUACGACCACGCCGAGGCCACGAUCGUGGUCAUGCUCGUGGGCAACAAGAGUGACCUCCAGCAGGCCCGGGAGGUGCCAACAGAAGAGGCCCGGAUGUUUGCCGAAAACAAUGGGCUGCUCUUCCUGGAGACCUCAGCCCUGGAUUCCACCAAUGUCGAGUUGGCCUUCCAGACGGUCCUCAAAGAGAUCCUCACCAAAGUGUCCAAGCAGAGGCAGAGCAGCAGCCGGACCAACGCCAUCACUCUAGGCGGUGCCCAGGCGGGGCAGGAGCAGGGCCCAGGAGAAGAGGGCCUGCUGCAUCAGCCUCUGACCCCGGCCCGCCCCUGCCCGGCCCCCGCUGGCUUUUUGGUGCCCCACUCCCACCCCGGGUCCAGGAUCUCUCCCUGCCCUGUGGUUCCAGAUGCCAGAGUGGCCCCACGGAGCUCCACGAGCUUCCCGUCCCCCGACCCCUGUAUCUCUAUGACCUGUCCCUCCCCGAAUCCGCCCCGCCACCACCGCCACCACCACACAGACCAAGCCUUCCAAUAAAGCCGUUUUGUACCAAUGUC